UUAGGUUCGGGAGCUUUUGGGGAAGUAUUUGUUGUUAAAGAUAAAUAUGAUGGACGAGAAUAUGCGGUUAAGAAAAUUAAAAAACAAGGUGAUGACAAUUUACAGGAAUUCUGCAGAGUAUUCUUCAACACAAAUCACAUGUAUUUGGUCGACAACCGGAAGAACCCGGUUGUUUUACGGGGCAUUCCUUAGGGAUAAUCCAUUCUGCAAUUCCCCUCCCCUUCUGAUUGUUUCCGAAGUGAAUACAUACAACAGUUUCUACGAAGAGUUUCCGACCCAAAGUCAGCUACUUUGA